AUGGCCCUAUUCGAGAACAAGAGCGAUGUCUCUUCGAACGGCGGCGAGAAGAAAUCGGGCAGUGACGUCGAGCAAGGGUUCGUGGGCAAUGACGGCGUCAUCCAUCAGGCGGAUUUCGCAACCGGCAUCAGUACAUAUGCCAAACUCCAGAAGCUGGCGGGAAAGUUGGGUGUAGAGCAGAGAGGCAUCGAGAGGGUCCCCGAAGAUGAACGAAUCAACGAUGCCGUCGCCAACGUCGGAACGUUGUGGUGCUCGGCCAACAUGGUUGUAUCCUCCUUCGCCAUCGGCGUCCUGGCUAUUCCUGUCUUCAACCUCGGUUACGUCGACACGGCUCUGACCAUCGUCUUCAUCAACUUCAUGGGCGUCAUGCCCGUCUGCUUCUUUUCAACUUUCGGCCCCAAGUUCGGACUGCGACAGAUGGUUCUCUCUCGAUAUUGGUUUGGUUUCUACGCAGUUAAGCUGAUUGCCAUCUUCAACAUUCUAGCGUGUCUGGGCUGGUCGGCUGUCAACACCAUCGUCGGUGCUCAGCUGUUCCACGCCGUCAACAAUGACAUGCCCGGAUGGGCCGGUAUCCUCGUCAUCGCCAUCUCGACCCUCAUCAUAUGCACGUUCGGCUACCGUAUCGUACACACUUACGAGCGGUUCUCCUGGGUCCCCUGCGCUAUCAUCUUCCUCAUCGUCCUCGGCGUCUUCGCUCACUCUGGAAAAUUCAACAGCAUGCUGCCCCUGAAUUCAGGUCCCGCCGAAGCGGGCUCUGUUCUCUCCUUCGCUGCCAGCGUCUACGGCUUCGCAACGGGCUGGACUUCUUAUGCCUCGGACUACACGUGCUAUUACCCGGCGUCCACGUCCCGCUUGAAGAUUUUUCUCGUCACCUUUUCCGGUCUCUUCUUCACGCUUUGCUUCACCGAGCUUUUGGGCGCCGCCGUCAUGACCGCCAGUGUCUCUGACCCGACCUACUCCGCUGCAUAUGCGAACUCCGGGAUUGGCGGUCUACUCGCAGCCGUGCUCGUCACCCGCCUCGGCGGCUUUGGCCAGUUCUGUCUCGUCAUCCUUGCCCUAUCCAUCAUCGCCAACAACUGUCCCAACAUCUACUCCGUUUCCCUCUCACUGCAAGUUCUUUCGAAACAGACCGAGCGGGUGCCGCGCUUCGUGUGGGUCUUUGUCGGCACCGGCAUCUACAUCGCCGUCAGCAUCCCCGGCUACGAUCGCUUCGAGGCCUGGCUCGAGAACUUCAUGCUCAUCAUCGCUUACUGGCUCGCUAUCUACGAGGGCGUCAGCAUCACCGACCACGUCGUCUUCCGCCGCGGCAUCACCGGGUACGACAUCGAGGACUACGAUACGCCGUCUCGUCUUCCGCCGGGCUUCGCCGCCAUAGCGGCUUUCUUGAUGGGCGUCAUGGGCGCCGUCCUCGGCAUGUCGCAGACGUGGUUUACCGGCCCUAUCGGUAAACUUGCCGGCGGCAACCUUGGUGGUGACAUUGGCUUUGAGCUGGCUUUUAGCUUUGCGUCAGUGUCCUACAUUGGUCUGCGUACGCUUGAAAAAACCGUCUUCAAAAGAUAG